AUGUACGAUAAUAGAGAUGGAUCGGCGGCGCCAAGUUUCAAGCGCCGAAGGCUUGAUGGAGGCAGGUUCCAGGAUUCAGGACGUUCAACGCCUCGCGACUCGCGCUCGGCCGCUGCCUCGACUCCUUCCAGGGACGUGAACGACGUACCACCGCCGACCGACGAAGACUCCAAGGCGCUGGAUCGCGACUGGUAUAUGGGCGAUGAAUUUGGCGGUCAUGUGUUCGGCGACGACACGCACAACCCGUUCGCGGACUAUUCGGCAUGGGAGGCGCAGAAGCAAGAGGAGAUCAAGGCAGAGAAGAUGACGAGCAGAUUCGACGCUCGGAGGGAGCAGAGGAAUAGGGAGAAUGACGCUUGGGAGACGAACCGGAUGCUGGUGUCAGGAGUUGCCCAGCGAAGAGACAUGGGAGCCGACUUCGAUGAUGAGGAAACCACGCGAGUUCAUCUUCUGGUCCACGACCUUAGGCCGCCGUUCCUCGAUGGCAGGACAAUCUUCACAAAACAGCUGGAGCCUGUGCCCGCAGUGCGCGACUAUCAGAGCGACAUGGCGGUAUUCAGUCGCAAGGGAAGCAAGGUGGUCAAAGAGGCUCGGCAACAGCGCGAACGACAGCGGCAAGCGCAGGAGGCGACAAGCAUGGCUGGCACGGCGUUGGGGAACUUGAUGGGUGUUAAGGAAGACGACGGCGACAGUGCUCUCCCAGUUGCGUCAGAGGAAGAUGCCAAGAGGGGCGGCGAAGGCAAGGGUGAGGAGGGUGGCAAUAGCAGCAGCAACAAGUUCAGCGACCACAUGAAAAAGGACGAGAACGGCGGAAGCAGCGACUUCAGCCGAAGCAAAACGUUGCGCGAGCAGAGACAAUAUCUUCCCGCAUUCGCUGUUCGAGAAGACUUGAUGCGCGUCAUUCGAGAAAACCAAGUCAUUAUCGUGGUUGGCGAAACGGGUUCUGGCAAGACGACGCAGUUGACGCAAUUCCUGCAUGAGGACGGCUUCGGCAAAUCGGGCAUGAUCGGCUGCACGCAGCCAAGACGUGUCGCUGCGAUGAGUGUCGCAAAACGUGUCUCCGAAGAGAUGGAGGUCAAAUUAGGCAGCACCGUGGGCUAUGCGAUUCGUUUCGAAGAUUGCACUAGCAAAGACACCGUCAUCAAGUACAUGACUGACGGUGUUCUGCUUCGAGAGUCACUCAACGAGCCUGAUCUUGACAGGUACUCCUGCGUUAUCAUGGACGAAGCCCACGAACGCGCUCUGAAUACGGACAUCCUGAUGGGUCUGUUCAAGAAGAUUCUCCAGAGACGGAGAGAUCUGAAGCUCAUCGUCACCUCUGCAACGAUGAAUGCCAAACGCUUCUCAGACUUUUACGGCGGGGCUCCAGAGUUCAUCAUCCCUGGAAGAACAUUCCCAGUCGAUGUCAUGUUCCACAGAUCACCGGUUGAAGAUUACGUCGACCAGGCAGUUCAGCAGGUUCUUGCGAUUCAUGUAUCGAUGGAUCAAGGAGAUAUUCUCGUAUUCAUGACAGGUCAAGAAGAUAUCGAGGUCACUUGCGAGCUUAUCCAACGACGACUGGACGCACUCAACGAUCCACCCAAGCUCAGUAUUUUGCCGAUUUACAGUCAAAUGCCUGCAGAUCUGCAAGCCAAGAUCUUUGACAGAGCAGCGCCUGGGGUGCGCAAGUGUAUCGUGGCUACCAAUAUUGCCGAGACGAGUUUGACUGUCGAUGGUAUCAAGUACGUGGUUGAUGCAGGUUAUAGCAAGAUGAAGGUGUACAACCCGAAGAUGGGCAUGGACACCCUUCAAAUCACCCCGAUCUCGCAGGCAAACGCAUCGCAAAGAUCAGGUCGUGCAGGCAGAACAGGCCCCGGCAAAGCGUUUCGUCUCUUCACAGAGAAGGCAUUCAAGGAAGAGCUUUACCUGCAAACCAUUCCUGAGAUCCAGCGUACGAAUCUGAGCAAUACCGUGCUCAUGCUAAAGUCGCUUGGUGUCAAGGAUCUCCUAGACUUUGACUUCAUGGAUCCGCCGCCUCAGGACACUAUCACGACAUCCAUGUUCGACCUCUGGGCCCUUGGCGCGUUGGACAACCUGGGCGAGCUCACUCCACUGGGCCGCAAGAUGAGCGCGUUUCCAAUGGAUCCUUCCCUUUCAAAGCUUCUCAUCACUGCUGAGGAAUACGGUUGCAGCGAGGAGAUGAUCACCAUCGUAUCCAUGCUGUCUGUUCCCAAUGUCUUCUACCGCCCGAAAGAACGCCAAGAAGAAGCAGACACACAGCGAGAAAAGUUCUGGGUUCACGAGUCUGAUCACUUGACCUACUUGCAGGUGUACUCGGCGUGGAAGUCGAACGGAUGCUCAGACGGAUGGUGUAUCAAGCACUUCCUUCACCCCAAAUCGCUCCGUCGCGCCAAGGAGAUUCGGGACCAGCUCCUCGACAUUAUGAAGAUGCAAAAGAUGGAAAUGAUCAGCUGCGGUAUGGAUUGGGACAUCAUCCGCAAGUGCAUCUGCAGCGGCUACUAUCAUCAGGCGGCCAAGUACAAGGGCUCUGGCGAGUACAUCAACCUCCGCACCAACCUCGGCGUUCAGUUGCAUCCAACCUCGGCGCUGUACGCCGGUCACCCACCAGACUACAUCAUCUACCACGAGCUCAUCCUGACGUCGAAGGUGUAUGUGUCGACCGUCACCGCGGUCGACCCCCACUGGUUGGCUGAUUUGGGCGGUGUGUUCUACUCAGUCAAGGAAAAGGGGUACUCGGUGCGGGACAAGCGGAUAACGGAGACUGAAUUCAAUCGCAAGAUGGAAAUCGAGGCAAAGAUGGCCGAGGACAAGAAGAGGGAGGAGCAGAGGUUGGAAGCUGAAGCAGAGAGGUCAACGAAGACGAAGGUAACGAGUACAUCGACCAACGGGAAGAAGAUUGUCACGCAUGGGGCCGUGAGAAAGCCCGUUAUUAAGCGUAGAGGCAGAGGCGUUUAG